CAAUGGUGGACGGUGGGUGUCGGAAUUUAUGAAUCAGAAUUGGGAUUGCGUGUGUUAUGUGUACACUGAAUCAACGCUGGAUUUGAGCAGUAAUUGACUGAAAGUUUAAAGUGUGGCCAUGGGACUGAAGAGGGGCAGCGCAGGCAAUUCUGGCCUGCGUGCAGAGCUCCUCCAGUUGGCUGCCCGGCUCCGCCGUGAGCAUCUGUUUGUGGACUCCGAAAAGCGAGAGCUGCAGCGGUUGAAUGAGCGUGUGCAACGCUCUGUUGAACGCCUCCAGCAUCUGUCUUGGAUCUGGCGGCAGCAGCGCAAUGCAUUGGAUGCCCUUGUCCUUGGUCGUGAUGGAAGCCCUGCCUCGUGUUGCCAGCGCCUCAAUGCCCUUGAGGCUGCAUGCUUCGUGGAUUCGUAUCGCGUCCUGGGCAUUCAUGACGUCGCCUAUGCAACACUGCUUCGCAGCCUUCGUCAGGAUCCCUGCCUGGUGGCUGUGUGCCUUGUGCGUGGCCCUACAAGUCAACUCCAGGCGGCCGUAGACAUUUUAGUGUCAUGUGUGUAUGGCUGUGGGACCCUCUCUGAAGAUCAGACACUCAUGCUACAACUGUUGCGUGAGCUGAUGGUGCUGCAGCUGGAAGGUUGCGACAAUGUGCGGCGCCUUCUGCAACAUGGCUCAUGCGCCUUCAGUCGUGUCUACAAAGCCUUCACUGAGGGCCUUUCUGGUGCACAGCUGUUCCUGACUUCAGCCCUGCGCACAGCACUGAUACAGGUGCUAGUGGACGAUGACCUGUACUUGGACAUUGAUCCAAGCAAAGCUGUGGUGCGGUUUCCACCUGAAGAAAGGCUUCGUCAUUUUGGUGCAAAGGAUUCUCCUGACUAUGCGCGCCGUCUAGGGGCUUACAGAGCUUGGACAAUUGAUCGGUUGGCACGGCUUGCUCAGGGUUUUGUGGAAGGCCUGCGCAGCUCAUGGCCCUGGCUUCCAGCGCCAUUGGCAUGGCUGGUGCGCCGUCUGCAUGCCACACUUACCCGUAAUGGAGCUAGUGAGGAUCCUCGUGCAGGAGUGGUUUGCGCAGACCUUGUCUUUGCCUUUUUCAUCUGCCCUGCUGUGGUCAGUCCUGAGCUGCACGGCCUUGUCGACACGCAUAUAACGCCUAUUGCACGCUUCAACCUCAUGCAGGUAGCUCAAAUCAUCCAAGUGCUGGCACUAGCAAGCUGGGAACGUCCAGAUCCACGCUUGUCAGACCUCUAUGAUCGUUUUCCGAGAGACUGCAUCUCAUCUUUGUUGGACUCUCUGCUUUUGGGAGAUGGUGUUGCUGGAAGCCAGAGCUCCCAGGUGGCCACAUCUGUGCCUACCACCACGUCUCUUCAGCAGGAGGAACUGGCACGUGCUGCAUUCCUAGCUUCGGAGGUGCAAUUAGCCACAUUGGUGUCAUUUUUACGGAGUAUAACAUGGCCCACGAGUGAGAGCAGUCAACAGAAAGCUCUUGGCUCUCUACUUGAUCAGCUGCCAUUGCCCUCAGAAGCACCCAGGCAGACAGCAACAAAGGCUUCAGCACCUAAGAAAGGUACAGAUGGUGAAGAUGAUUCAGUGACCUCCGACUCUCUGCCUGAAGAGGUCCUUGUGAUACCGAUGCCAGAUUUCACACUGGAGUGUCCUGGCAUGCUUAGUGAAGAAAAGGUCCUGAGCAUGGAACAGCAGAAGCGGCAGACACGUGUACGGAUGAAUGUUGAACGCGCAGUAGCUGAUGCUUGUGAUGGUGCUGCUGUCGAGACAAUUGAGAAGAGGACCAGGUUUUCGCUUUCACAAGACCAAGAGUCUAUAGGUACAAGCGACAAUCUUGAAGCAGUCUCUGAAGGGGCAUCUAAUCACUCUGUGGCAUCGUCUCUUGAAUUGGAAAAUGAAAACGACAACUAUUCUGACAUGGUUUCUGCAAAUGUCAGUGGGCAUGGAACUCCAAAUGUCAGUGGCAGGGACACGCCUUCAUCUCAGGUAGAAGAAGAAGAGCCAAUGGAACGACCUCCAACGAACCAAAAUCAAGCUGACAUUGAGGACAAGUUUGGCAAAUUUGAAAUCAGCCCAGCCGCUCCAGUUCAAGGGGACGAGACAAAGUCUAUUGUGAGCGACACAUGGAGCACAGAUGUGCUGGCGAGCGAUUCGGAGAUGCUGGAUCAAGUGAACCUGGUGGCACAAAUGCAGCUCCUGGAGACACACUUUCAGUCAACCCUUGAACCUGGUGGUGACACAGGUAGUGAUGCCUGGAGCACUGAUGUGGCUGCCUCGGACAAUGAGCGCCUUCAAGAUGUUGACACUGAUGACACUGGCAGUCUGGCGCGCUCUGAUGAUACCAGGUCUGAAAUAUCUGCUGGAGGAGAUGAAGAAAUUGCACCACCACCGGUGACUGAUCGUCAGGCGCUGCGCCACAGCCAUCAUCAUCAUCAUCACCGGCACCAUCGCCGCAGUAACUUGAGACCGCCACCGCAGUCCCCCAAGCAGCCUCUGAUCCCACAGCAGCAUGGAGUGUCUGCAGCAAUCUGCAGUGAUGGCUCCAUAGGGAUGGUGCAGGCAUCUACAUCACCUCGGGCACCAGUGCCACCUGUGGACACAAUCCUGGAACCUCCACGGGCUUCUGCACCACAAGAACAAGCAUCACCAAUUUUGGACGGUACCUGCUCCCCGACGCACGGCAACUCUUCGACAAGCACUGGGCUGGCACCCGGUGAACUGAGCUUCUUUAACCCUCUGGCUGUGCAAGUGGAGCUACGGCAUCCCGAAAAACUUCAGGUACAGGACGCUGCAACUGCUCUGGGCAGUACUGAUGGAGCUGAAGAGGAUGUGACACCUACUGGCACACAGGCCACACCUUCACCAUCGGGGGGUGUAGCUGCGGGAGAGACCACUCCUCGGACCACUGUCUCCAAAGGAGGUGGAGCUUCUCCGACUCCGCCUUCUGAAGGUAUGCAAAGCCUGGGUCGACUUAGCCUGGCUGUUAAGGAGUUGCCCGAGGAAGAGGCUCUACUGUUGCUCCAGAGUGAGGAAGAAGUUGUCAAGGUUGCCACGGAAGAUGAACGGGGUGCAGGUGACAAAAGAACGAAAAAUUUCUUCAAAGCAAAGCUAUCCCAGUUUAGAUUUAGCUUCAAGCCCAAGCAGCGAAAGUCGAAUGAAGUUACGCAGAAUGGUCCAGACACACCACGCUCUGUUGUUGUUCCCGACUUGGGUCCAGAUGCAGCUGACAUUCUGGAAAAGUACCGAAGUGCAGGCCCAGUAGGGGCCAUUGUAGGCACCAUAGGAGCAGCAGGCAGCAAUGGAGCAUCCCCCAGCACACCCUUGGAGCCCCUGCAGCCGCAGCCACCACCAUCAUCACAGGGAGGAAGCGAGGAGGCUUUGCUGGAGGAUGCUCAGAAGAAACUGCGCCUGGUGCUGGCACUAGCUGAUCUUCCACAGGGGGGCCCACAGGAGCCUGCGGCACUGCUGCAGGGCCUGCUGGCCCAGGCCACACUGCUGCACAACAAGACGCUGGCCUCACACGUGCAUGAGGCUCUUCGCUGCUUGCGCCUCUUGGAUGAGUUGCAGUGUUUGCGUGUGCUCAGGGCUCUCGAAGAUGAGCACCGGCGGCGAGCUCCAUACAUAGCAUACCUAGUGCGCUGCCGCCAGGGAUUGCUGGCACUGCAGGCACAGCUGGAAACACGCCUGCGCCGCACUCAGCGUGACCGUGAUGUUUGCCAGACACACCUUGCCACACUGUGUGUUCGGCACUUUCUUGAUCCCCGUGAGCCACGCCUCCAGGCCUUUUCACGCUCUUUCCAAGGACUCACUGCUGCUGAUGAAAAGGCUCAGUUGGUGGAGCAGUUUUUGCAAUAUCUAUUUCAACAAAUGGAAGUAGACCCAACAUGGCAAAUGGCCAGUGACAUCCAGAUAAACCUUGCUCAGCACACAAUCGAAAGAGCUAUCAUGAGUCAAAUAUAUGUUCAUGCAUUGUACCCCAAUGGAGAUGGAGAUGUCCUCAGAGAUCAGGUGUUGCACCAACACAUACAGAAGCUGUCACGAGUUGUCACCGUGGAGCACCGAGAUCUGCGCAUCCCACGGGCCUAUCAUGCUGAGAGCCCCUGGCCCAGUGCUCAAGCUCAGCUAGGGGCCCUGGCAGCCCACAAAAGCCCACAGGACAAAGUGGCCUGUGUGGCGGCUUGCUGUGCCUCACUUGCCAGUCUGCUAUCAGCUGCUGCAGGUGCACCAGCAGCAGCUGAUGACCUUGUGCCCGUGCUUGUCUUCGUGCUCAUUCGUGCAAACCCACCGCACCUGCUCUCUACCGUCCAGUUUGUGGAGACCUUUCAGCGUGCCACUCGGUGCUGCCAGGGCGAGGCUGCGUACUGGUGGACCCAGUUUUGUGCUGCUAUUGAGUUCAUCAAGACAAUGGACUACUGAAGCUCACACUGCUGGAUUGAACUUCCUUAGUGCACCUAAUUUGGUGGCUUAAGGCAGAGGGGGAAAAGAAGAAAGCAAGGCUGCCUAACGACUCCUCCUUGUCUUCUUUAUAGUAAAGGAGAAAUGAUUUAUGGCAUGCACUUUGAGCUUUUCACUGGCAAGACAAUUUAUAGAGUACAGAGCUCAAAAAUAGCUUUGAUAUGCUGUCAUCUGUAGUGGCAGUUAACAGUCAUAUAUGUCAACAGUUUUGUGCAUAUACAUAUGACUGCCUUUGUUUGAAAAAGAAAGUUAUAAGACCUGUGAGUAAAAGGGGCAUUUUCCCAGCAGGUGCAAGAUUUUAUGGCUACAGCUUUUUCAAGUUUGUAGUUGUGUGUAAAGAGCUGUGAAAGUGUCUUACUUUUGCAGCUUAGUCCAAGUAGCUCAAAUGACAUUACCUGACAAAAAAAAAUGUAAGGUCUACAACUAAAGUUGCACUUUUACAAUAACAUCAGCUAGAGUGGUUUGCUUGUGUGUCCCCUCAAAGUGUCAAAAAUAUUAAAUGAAGUUGGCUUUGCUUGAUGGAUCUUAUAGCACAUUUAUAUGAUGCAACAGUUUUCACAUAUUCAAAGAUGACUCACAGGGAACUGCUUAAACAAAUUUAGCCAUGAUAUAGAUGAGGCACAUACUCAUUCUUGGAGAGCAGGGGGUUAAUAAAAGGGCGCAUUGAAUUGUUAUAGGUGGCGGGCAUAGUUUACUAGAGUUCAGGAAUGGGCUAAUAUCUCCUUGUGCUUAUGUGCAAUUUAACACCAAAGAAUAACAUAAUUACAUUAAGUGACAUGAGUUACUGAAGCAAUAGGACAUUAUCCUGAAUCAGAUCACACAUGUUAGCUCAAGAGCUGUGUACAGUUGACGUAAUGCAGGCAUGGCACUGUAGUGGCAUUGCAAGGCACACCAACGUGGGUAGUGGCUGUGAAAACAAGGUGUUUGAGUUGUGUCCUGCUAAGUGGAAAGGGCUAGCUUAUUGCUUUCCUUAGCGAGUAGGUUGCAUUUGGCAUAGAUUGAUUUGUGCCAUCUCAGUGCUGCAUGCUACUAGGUUCGACCACAUGUUAUGAACCUUAGUGGUGUGGGUUGUGUGCUUCCAAAUGGUAAAAAAAAAGGCUGCAAGUUGCUGGAUGUCCACAUUUACACAUCUGGACGCGUUGCAGCAAAAAGAUAAUUUUUCAUUGCAUCAACUAACACUUUCAACUUCAUACUUGUACUGAUUGUACUGACUUAUCCCACUCUUCUUGUGUGUUUACCCAGAAAAUUGUCAUGAUGAGAACUCUACCACUUGGGCUAGGUUGUGGUGUCAUGGCAUCUGGGAUGAUAACAGAUUAGUUUGAGUGGCAGAGGUUGCUAUGUAUGCUUUCUCAGCAUGUCAAGUGCAAGAAGGAGUGACCAUGGUUCUAGUGACACAAGUUUACAUUGUAGCAAAUUAUAAGCAAAUUGUGUUAUUUAACAUUUUGUGCUCACCUCAAUACAGGGCUUGGAGCACGUGGGCAGAGAGUAUUCUUUUAUGGUGUAAAGUUUGCAUUAUGCAUGUGAUAUAAAUUAUCAUAUGUUGAGAAACGAGGAUGCUUAUAACUUAAAGUAAGCAAGCUUAUGUGCUUAUUUUAAGUAAGCAAACAUGGAACAAUGCAGCUUUCCUAGUAUUUAGCACUCUGCAGGAAUGGUAAAAUGCCAGGAUGCAAUGCCUCCUUAAUUGUCUGGCAGUAGUAAAUGAGUGAUAUGUUGUGUUAUUCCUCUACAUGUAAUUAACACCUUGGCUGCUAAAACCUGAGUAAGUUGUGUAUAGCCUAUCGAGCAAUCUGAAUUGUUGAAGCACGCAGCUUGGUCUACUGAUAGUAGUACUUUACAUUGAUGAAAAUGCUCGCGGCACAAAAGUGGUGUGUGCAUUUCAAUCUAUGCACCGACCACAUUUUCACUUUUGUCUGCAGGGAAGUUACGUGCGUGUUGGUAUUCAUAGCACAUUAAAAUGAGCAAAGCCAGUAAUCUGCUUUGGUGUCGUCACGUUCAUGCUCAAAGCACUCAAUACAUUUUCCUUGUGGCUGCUGCCAGCUACCAAUAUUCGAUUGGCGUUAAAGGUGGCUUCAGCCGCAUGCUUUUAACUUGGGAAUAGCUUUUAGGCACUCCAUAUGAUGCACAUAAUCUUAUACUGAAUCUGUGUUAAUAGUGUGCCUGUGUUAUCAACAUGCUGGCUUGUGUAAUUUUUUUUUUUUCAGUCAUGAGAUGCUUUCAAAGCUUUUAUUGGCUACUACAGCCAGUGCAUGGCCUGUAAAGCAUUCUCAGGUGUACUGUUCUUCAACCCUGUCUGCAACUACUGCCAUGUAGCUCUGAGCAUCAGGCUGCUUGCCGAGGCAGAUAGAAAAUUCUGAUGUUUUAAAGCUCCCACCAUCUCUAAACUUAUGUCCAUGAUAGAACUGCUUUUCAGCAUAAGACUUGCACACUACAGAAAAGUAACACAUGAGAAGUUAUUAAAUCUGACAGGGUAGGAAUUGUAAUUUUAUGUAUAGGGGUGCUUAGGCACCUGCCUCUGAAAAACACCAAGUAGAGCUCUUACUGUGUUGUCAUUAUACUACAGAGAGCCUGUAAUUGUGUCGGAAAAGCAAAAAGCAUGUGCUGCAAGAUUAUGAAAUGAAAUCGAUAAUGAAGAUCUAUUUGAGUGUGUGCAGUGAGAUACCUAAUCAGAGUUUAUGCUGGAAGUGCUAGGUUUGAGCGCACAUAUCUUCAGUCCCAUGAAAAAAAAAAAAAAACUAACAUCAACACAUAUGUUAGCAUCAAGCACAAAACUGAGGCUUCACUACCUACAUUCAUCACCUGCAUUAGUCCUGAUGGGCCUCAUCCACCCUUGCAUGGCAUGCAACCCCUGGCCCAAUCAAAUGCAGGUGCAGUGCAAAGCAAUGCAGCAGCUGAGACGGGCAGUAUCACUGCAGCUUCAGAUGCUUGCUGCAGAAGAUGGUGUUAGUGAAAACGAAGCACCUUAUUGACAAUAAUUUGUUUCCUGCAUGAAGAUGCCACAAAUGGUUAUUAUUCAGGCAGCAAUACCCGGCAUUUAUCAAUCAAUCCACAACUAUAGGCUUAUUCAAGAUAGCCCAUCAUCGUGUUGCGACAAUUGGUUGGUUUAGGCAACCAGUGCUUGGUGAAAGAAGCCCAUGAAUUUUAAUAUUCCCAUUAAGGUGGUUUUAUUUAUUUAUUUACUAUUUUUGCAAAAAUUGGGUCAGAAGGUGACAUGAGAAUGCACGGGCCUGCAUUAGCAACUUCACCCAUCCAAUACCGCCACAUGCAAUUUGCAUGCAGAAACGUAUCCUGCAGGCCACUUGGUAUGGAAUGGUAUGCAAGAAAGCUACGCAAGCGUCAGUAGUUGUACAGUACAGAAAGGAAUGCCAGGAAGGUCAUUUGUUUGAGUAUAAGCACUUUAUAAGUCAACACAUGGAUCUUAUUGUAUGCACCGAUACCUGUCGCGUAAAAUAGAUUCGCGUAAUGCUAAAGUCUCUUGUUCAUCAAACAUUCAGCUCCUUGGCUGAUAAACAUAAUACAGUGUCGCAAAGGCAUUUCAAAGGCCCUUGAACCUGUCUAUAGACUCAAUGACAAAGUGAGUACUGCUACAGAGCUUCAAUGGCCAUCAAAUCAAUAGUAAGGAGUAGAGAGAAUCGCAUGGAAGUCUAUUGAGACCUGGGAGGCAUUCAAGCAGUAUACUCCUACAUCCUUGUCUUAACAUGUUGACACUACAAGCUUUCAGUUUGUCUAUGCUUCCUGAACUAGUUAAGGAGCUGCACUUGUUCAUUUGACCUGUUGAAUUCUUUGUGCAAAAUCAGUUGACAGAAUUCCCUGCACUUACAGCAGAGGUAGUGCAGCACUCAUGCAGGAGUUGCCGGGCUGAUUCUAUGUGAACAUGAAACAUGCGCUUAACAGCCAUGAACUAGUCAUGAAGUGUAAGACAAAUAUAAUGGAUCUUACACUAACAUGCUGCAAAUGAAGAAUUUGGGGAGAAUAAUAACAAAUAACUUAUCUAUUUUAUUUUCUUGCAUGAAGAGAGAGAGCGAGAGAGAGACUUUAAUGGUACAAAAUUGCACUGGGGCACUCCCCGAUGGGAGGCCUCAGUCGUGGUUGGAGACCUCAGUCCAGGACCCCAAGAGUGUGGCGUUCACACUGUUAUGCAAAUACUGCAGUCAUGAUCAUUGUUGCCAUAGCCCAAUAACAAAACUAAGCCUAAUCCAUGGAAACUGCACAAGUGCAUAAAAGAAGCAUAAAAAUAUGAAAAUUAACUUUGGUACUCUGAAUAUAUCUUUAAAAAAGCACUGCACAGCAAUAACAUACACUUUAAACUUUUUAGAUUCAUUUUUGUAGCUGGUUGCUUUCAGAGAUGCAGAAUUGUCGCUGGCAAUUAUUGUGCUGCAAGAAUUUGGUGUCAGAUUAUUCAAACACUUAAGUGGCAUUUAGCUUUCCCAUGUAGUGGUAGCACAAAUCCUUCCAGUUGAUAGUGUUUAAGAACCUUGGAGUACAUUGACUCCCAUAAUGUGCCCAUACGGUGCAGCUAUGUUUGAGGCCUCUAUCAAAAAUGAUGCGAGGCAUUAUGUGCAUAAUUAUCCUGUGAAUCUCAAUAGAAAAUUUUGGAGUGCAAGUUAAGAAAUAUUUCAGCCAAAGUAUCUUUUACUCCAUCAUUAAUUCAGCGUCAGUCUUCAUUUGAAUGAUUCAUUGGAUUCUCCAAGCCAACUGUCCUGCAAGGCUUCAUUCCUAUCGAGGACAUUCCUGAAGCAAUGGGCACUUGUGGAUAGGAGGCAUGCAUGAGUACAAAGGCACUGGUUAAUGCUGUGAACUGAGAAUUGUUUUUUGAUCAUUUUUUUUUUUAAUUUGGGAAAUUUACCAUAAGGCAUACAUAGCAAAAAAAAAUUAGCCCUGUAUGAUACAAGCACUGAAGUCUAGAAAGAUCUAGCUCUGCUAAACCUGUCCUUCAUCAUCCCUCCUCUUCAUGGAGUGGUUAAAAAAGACAAGGACUGUUCAAACUCCGAGCUGUAAAGAGGCAGAAUCCACUUAUGGAGUCCAAAUAAAUAGCAUCUUUCCUUUCAUUUUUGAAAAGACACCGGGCCAGGUCUGUGGACAAGAGAAAAGAUUUCUUGGCUGGAGAAGGGCCUUGAGGCAGCUGAUUUCGGAAUCGUUGCCAAUUUUUGUUUCAUUCAUCCAAACAAUUAUUUAUUUAUAGCUGUGCAUAAUGUUAUGUAAAAUUCACCUAGCAACCUAGAAAUGGUUGAAAGAAAUAAUUGCGUGUUCAAUCUUCUAAAAGCAGCCUUGGGUGGCAUGUUUUGCAACAAAAAUAACAAUCAAGCGCACGUCGGUGAGACAAUGGCCUACUGAAAGAGCACUAAAGGGACACUAAAGAGCCACGUCAGUUUAGUCAGGUGAAACACUUUUCAAGACUUGAUUUGCAUUCAUUUGGAGGAAAAGAGGUUGGUUUUCAGUAGAUGAAAUGAAGAGUAAAGUUUCUCCUUGGGUUUUCCAUUCAAAUCGCUACGCCAGUACAUUAAUAUGAAGUAUUAAAGUAUUUCACGUGCUUCAAAGUAUUUUCACAUGCUUGGGCCAUCUUUUUUAACAAUUUCUCAAAACUUGGUUUAUUUUUUUAUUCCUUCAGUAUGCAAUGUAAUCCUUGUUUAUUGAUGGACACUGUUAAAGUCUCGCAGCAUCACAAGCAACUAGCAUGGAAACCUAAGCCUUUCUCAUAUUUUGCAUCUUUUCUGGUUUACCAAGGCUGUGCUCACAAUAAGACUGAAAUUAGUGCCAUAGGUUUGCAGGCACCAGUAAAGGAAUGCAACAAGGUGCGCCCGUGUUGGGUUGAAAGCUUGUUCAGAAGUGUCAGCUAUUUUAAAUAACCAUCAUAUUGUGUGCAGUAUUAUCAGUCAUUUGUUGUUUAUUUGCAAAUCAUUGUAUUUUCCAUAUCCGUUGGUUAGCUAAAACACAAUAGUUGCUGUCCUCACCAUACUAUUGAACAGUGCAUGGUGGUUUUAAGUAUGAUUAAAUGACAAAUCAAUUGAGGCAUCUUAGCAGCCCUAAUUGACAUAACUAGCAAAUGCACAUCAAAUAACAUUUUUGAAGGGAUCAGUGCAAGUCGUGGAGUGUUAAAAGCAAAGCAAUAUUUACUGGCUGCAUCCCCCCCCCAGCUUUUCAGGAUAUGAAAUUCACUGAAGUCAAACUAGGUUUACGCUUACCUUGUUUUGUGCGACACCAUUGCAGUACAUAGGAAAAAGCCGUUGAGCAUAGUUUAAAAUACCACAAGCGGUAAACAAGACUGUAUGAACUGUAUACGGAGAAGUAAACACCCGUUUGGGGGGGUGUUUCUUCCGAUUCCUCAUUUCUUUCCUUCGUUUAUGCUCAUAUUUGGCUUGCUUCAAUGUACCCUAUCAGUGCCUAUUUUUGGCAGCCUGGUUAUUAAAGUUAGUAUGAAUACUUCAGUGCAUCGUUUGGCAAUGCUUGGUGACUAAGCAUGCUAGAAGUCCAUAUAUAACGCAAGUCACUAGUUUAUUUCACACAAGUAAUUUUUUAUUACUUUUGUGUUUUGUGGAUGGACACAAUGUGACCAUGUAAUUGCAAGUGCAAAAGUGCCACAAGAUUUUGUUUGUGUUCUCGUUCAGAGAGUGUUAAUCAAAUGCCAGAAGUAUUGUGCAAGCACCUAUUUUUUCUUUUUUUUCAAGUGUAGAUUUAUUUGUUGACUUUUGAAAUGUAUGAAAAAUAGUUAAAGGUUAUGUGCAUAAGCAUAUACCUAUAUUCAAGAAAAGGUUUGCUGUGAACACUGUUGAUCAGUCUUGCUGUACAAUCAAGUCAGCUCCAGGCCCAUGUGUGCUGAUUUUAAUGUAUGCGACAGAACGCAAUGUUCUUACUUAUUAAAAAAUAGAAGUAAAUAUUAUCAUUGGCAGAUUGUUCAUGUAUAUCAUUACAACAAGAGUAUUUCUUGACACAUGCACAUAUAAAUUAGCUUAAUACAGUGGUUUAUGUAGUACUUUUUUGCUAUAGUUAAACUUGAAUGUGUUGCUGUUUGUAAUCAUUUAAUGUCAGGAUUAACCACCAGCUUUGUUUUAAUGCUGGUUAGUUUUGUGAGUGAGAUUUUUGUAUGUCUGAGAUUAAUGAAGCAGCUUGGUUGUAUUUUGUA